CUGCAGAACCUUACCGACGUGGCUGCCAGCUUGGCCCGCGCUCCCGUCUCCAACUUUCAUGUGGGUGCCGUCAUGCUGACAGACCAUGGCCACAUUUUCCUGGGUGCCAACCAGGAAUUCGACCACCAGGCCAUUGGCAUGAGCAUUCACGCCGAGCAAGCCGCCAUUAGCAACAUUGCGCAUCACCCAGAUGCCGGCAUCCCUGUUACCUUGGCCGUCAACGCUGCCCCCUGCGGCCACUGCCGCCAGUUUAUCGUCGAAAUGCACAACGGCAUUGACAUGCGCCUCCUCCUGCCGCAAAAAGAACCGCUGCGCAUUGCCGACGUUUUGCCACACGCCUUCCUGCCUAAAGACCUCAACAACCAACACCCGUUGCUGGUCCAUCCCACCAUUGAUCUCGCCGCCGAUGGUCCCCACGAGGUCCUGCACGAAGGCUCCCCCGGAACUAUUCGUGAGACAGCCCUUCUCAUGGCCUCGGUGGCCGCUCGCAAGGCCUAUGCUCCAUACUCGGGCUGCCACUCGGCCGUGGCCCUUCGCCUCCGCGAUGGUCGGGUGCUCCGAGCCUGGUACAUGGAGAACGCGGCCUUCAAUCCCUCGCUGCCCGCAGCCCAGAGCGCAUAUCUCCAAUGCAAAAUCAAUGGCGUGGACACGACCGAUGUCGAGGUGGUGGUCCUGGCCGAGCGCAUUGACCUCGCCAUGUCCCACCGACAGGCCACCUUGACCCUGUGGCGGCACCUCGCCCCC